AUGCGGCGAUUGAAGUUCCAUGAAAAGAAGUUGCUUAAGAAAGUUGAUUUCAUCGAUUGGGAACUAGACAGAAACGUUCAUGAAGUUACAGCCGUUAAGAGAUACCACCUUAAGGACAGAACCGAGUAUGUAUUCUACAAGAAGUUGGCGCGAGAGGUACGGGAAUUGGCGGCGAAAAUCAAGGAAUUGGAUGUGAAGGACGCGUUCCGGGUAGAGAUGUCGCGGCGGCUCAUUGACAAGCUCUACCAUUUGGGCGUAAUUGCGACCAAGGGUGGACUGGACUUGUGUGCGUCGGUGACCGCUUCUUCGUUCUGUAGGCGCCGUCUGCCAGUCGUCUUAGUCAAGCUGCACAUGGCCGAGCACCUGAAGGCGGCCACGAUGUUCGUCGAGCAUGGACACGUUCGCGUUGGACCGGAGCUGAUCACAGAUCCUGCGUAUAUAGUUUCCAGGUAUGUUCGAUAUCCAGCUUCAGUUUGGCAGUUUUGAAU